AUGUACAUUUUAGAGAGAGAGUCAUUUCCAGCGAUACCAACAUCUAUCUAUCUAUCUAUCUAUCUAUCUAUCUAUCUAGUACAAUGGAUAAAUUGUCGUUUAUCUAUCUCUCAGAGCCUGUUCAUAUCUAUCUAUCUAUCUAUCUAUCUAUCUAUCUAUUUUUUCAUAUCGAUCUAUCUAAUUCUUUUCAUAUCUAUCUAUCUAUCUAUCUAUCUAUCUAUCUAUCUAUCUAUCUAUCUAGUACGGUGGAUAAAUUGUCGUUUAUCUAUCUCUCAGAGCCUGUUCAUAUCUAUCUAUCUAUCUAUCUAUCUAUCUAUCUAUCUAUCUAUCUUUCUAUCGAGUACGAUGGAUAAAUUGUCGUUUAUCUAUCUAUCAGAGCCUGUUCAUAUCUAUCUAUCUAUCUAUCUAUCUAUCUAUCUAGUACGAUGGAUAAAUUGUCGUUUAUCUAUCUCUCAGAGCCUGUUCAUAUCUAUGUAUCUAUCUUUCUAUCGAGUACGAUGGAUAAAUUGUCGUUUAUCUAUCUAUCAGAGCCUGUUCAUAUCUAUCUAUCUAUCUAUCUAUCUAUCUAUUCUUUUCAUAUCGAUCUAUCUAAUUCUUUUCAUAUCUAUCUAUCUAUCUCAUUCUUUUCAUAUCGAUCUAUCUAAUUCUUUUCAUAUCUAUCUAUCUAUCUAUCUAUCUAUCUAUCUAUCUAUCUAUCUAUAUAGUACGAUGGAGAAAUUGUCGUUUAUCUAUCUCUCAGAGCCUGUUCAUAUCUAUCUAUCUAUCUUUCUAUCAAGUACGAUGGAUAAAUUGUCGUUUAUCUAUCUCUCAGAGCCUGUUCAUAUCUAUCUAUCUAUCUAUCUAUCUAUCUAUCUAUCUAUCUAUCUCAUUCUUUUCAUAUCUAUCUAUCUAAUUCUUUUUAUAUCUAUCUAUCUAAUUCUUUUUAUAUCUAUCUAUCUAUCUAUCUAUCGAGUACGGUGGAUAAAUUGUCGUUUAUCUAUCUCUCAGAGCCUGUUCAUAUCUAUCUAUCUAUCUUUCUAUCGAGUACGAUGGAUAAAUUGUCGUUUAUAUAUCUAUCAGAGCCUGUUCAUAUCUAUCUAUCUAUCUAUCUAUCUAUCUAUCUCAUUCUUUUCAUAUCUAUCUAAUUCUUUUCAUAUCUAUCUAUCUAUCUAUCUAUCUAUCUAUCUAUCUAUCGAAGCCUGUUCAUAUGUAUCUAUCUAUCUAUCUAUCUAUCUAUCUAUCUUUCUAUCGAGUACGAUGGAUAAAUUGUCGUUUAUCUAUCUAUCAGAGCCUGUUCAUAUCUAUCUAUCUAUCUAUCUAUCUAUCUUCAGAGUACGAUGGAUAGAUUGUCGUUUAUCUAUCUGUCAGAGCCUGUUCAUAUCUAUCUAUCUAUCUAUCUAUCUAUCUAUCUAUCUAUCUAUCUAUCUCGUUCUUUUCAUAUCUAUAUAUCUAUCUAUGUCAUUCAUUAUUUUUAUAUCUAUCUCAUUGUUUACAUUUCUAUCUAUCUCACAUUUUUCAUAUCUAUCUCAGUCAGCUCAUAUCUAUCUAUCUAUCUAUCUAUCUAUCUAUCUAUCUAUCUAUCACGCAUGCAUACACACACGCACACACAAAUACGCACACACACUCACUCUCUAUAUGUCUCUUUAUUUUCAUAUCACAUUGUUCGUAUUUGUUUAUCACUAUCUAUCUAUCUAUUUAUCUAUCUAUCUAUCUCAUUCUUUUCAUAUCUAUCUAUCUAUCUAUCUAUCUAUCUAUCUAUCUAUCUCGGUCUGUUCAUUAUCUAUUUGUUCAUAUUUGCCUCACAUUGUUCAAAUCCUUCAAUCUUUUUUUCUGUCAACCUGUUUACUUCAUUCUGUUUAUAUCUAUCACAUUUUUCUUAUUGAUCUAGAUAUCUUUCUUCCUCUAUGCCAUUAUCUAUCUAUCUAUCUAUCUAUCUAUCUAUCUAUCUAUCUAUCUAUCUAUCAUAUAAUACCUACCUAUUUCACAUGGACAUCUCAUCAUCUAUCUAUCUAUCUAUCUAUCUAUCUAUCUAUCUAUCUAUCUAUCUAUCUAUUGAGUCAGUAUCUAUCUAUCUAUUUAAAACAUAUCUGUCUAUCUAUCUAUUUAGUCAGUAUCUAUCUAUCUAUCUAUCUAUCUAUCUAUUUCAGACAUAUCUAUCUAUCUAUCUAUCUAUCUAUUGAGUCAGUAUCUAUCUAUCUAUUUAAAACAUAUCUGUCUAUCUAUCUAUUGAGUCAAUAUCUAUCUAUCUAUUUCAGACAUAUCUAUCUAUCUAUCUAUUUCAGACAUAUCUAUCGAUAUUAA